AUGUCAACAUUUACAUCACGUACAAAUAUUGUUACAGGAAAUAAUGAAUGGGUUUUUGUUGAUAAUGAUAAUUUUGAUUAUCAACAAGAAUUAGCUCGUUCAGCAUUUGCUGAUAUGCUUCAUGAUCAUGAACGUAAUAUACAAUAUGAAAAAGCAAUUAUUAAAACUCUACAAAAUCUUGCUAAAUCAAUGAAAAAAAUUCAUAUACUUGAUAUUGGUACAGGUACAGGUCUUCUUUCUAUGAUGGCAGCAAGAAUAUUAAAUCAAAUAAACAAUACAUCUUAUUCUUCACGUAUAACUGCAUGUGAAGUUUUUCAACCGAUGGCUAAAAUUGCUAAAAAAUGUAUUGAAAAAAAUGGUCUAUCCGAUCGUAUACAUGUUAUUGAUAAACGAUCAACUGAACUUGAUUUAGAAAAUGAUUUACAAGGUGAUAGAAUUAAUGUUAUUGUUGCUGAAGUAUUUGAUACAGAAUUAAUUGGUGAAGGAGCAUUACGAACAUUUUCUGAAGCAUGUAAACAUUUAACUAUAGAUAAUGAAAAUCUUCGUGUAAUACCUGCACGUGCUACAAUUUAUAUUCAAUUAGUUGAAUCAUCAUUACUUCAAGAAUUUCAUACAUUAAAAAAUAUUUCUCAACAAAAUCAAAGAAUAAAUAUACCAAAUGAUUGUCGACAUUUAGCUGGAAAUACAAUUUUUGAUUUAAAUCUAAAUGAUUUAAAAGAUUCUAUUCGUCCAUUAACAAAACCGAUACCAAUAUUUCAUUUUAAUUUUAAAUAUAUUAAUGAAAUAAAUAAUUUUACCGAAGAAAAAAUUCUUGAAAAUAUUCAAUGUGAUUAUGAUGGAAGAAUUGAUGCAUUUAUUAUGUGGUGGAAUCUUGAUAUGGAUGAACAAGGUGAAAUUCAAUUAGGUACAAUACCUGUAUGGUGUUAUGAUGAUCAAGAAAAAGCUAAAAAUAUUCAAUGGAGAGAACAUUGGAUUCAUGGAAUUUAUUAUCCACAAGAACCAAAAAAUGUCAAAGCAAAAGAACAGGUAUCUUUAUAUUGUUUUCAUGAUGAAUAUAGUCUUUACUUUGAUGUUGGUACAUCUCCAUUUCCUUCUCGUUCAUUUACACCGGCUAUUCUUAGUCGUUCAGCUAUGGCUGCAUUCAAUUGUGACAAACGUCGUCAUAAAUAUAUUGAAUCUUUAAAAAAAUCAUUUUCUAAUUCAUCUAUAAAACGUUGUUUAUAUUUUGGUGAUGGUCUUCUACUUCCAUUACUUAUACUUGAUAUGUAUCCAAAUAUAGAACUAAUUAUAUUACAAUCAUCAAAUAUGCAUUUAAAUCAUUGUUUAGAAGCAAUACUUUUAAAUUCAUCAACAAAAUUAAAUUAUCAAAUUAUUUCAUCAUUAGAUAAUGAUAAAAUAGAUUGUCAAACAAUUGAUAUGAUUUUAUCUGAACCAUUUUUUACAAAAUCAAUAUUACCAUGGGAUAAUCUUCAUUAUUAUUAUUUUCUACAAAAAUAUCGUUCAUAUUUUUGUUCAAAUAUAAAAUUAUGUCCACGAAAAGCACGUAUACGUUGUUUAGCAUUAGAAUUUAAUAAUUUGCAUAAAAUACGUUCACCAGUUAAACAAUGUUGUCAAUUUGAUUUAACACCAUUCGAUGAACAAAUUAUGGAAGCAUCAUUAAAUGUUGAUGAAAUCAUUGAACCUCAAUCGCUUUUUGAAUAUUCAUCAAAAAAACCGACACUUUCAAAAAUAAUUGAUCUUAUUGAGAUUAAUUUUGACAAAGAUUAUAAUGAUCAAAUUGAAAAGAAAAAUUUAGAAAUUUUAUUUAUUGAAAAUGGUAUUUGUAAUGGUAUUGCAUUUUGGAUUGAUUAUGAAUUAAAUGAAAAUAUAUGGUUAACAACUGGUAUUGAAAAUGAAAAUGAUUCUUGGGUAAAUUAUUCAAAACAAGGUGUUCAUCUUUUACCUAAACCAAUUCAUGUACAAUCCGGAAUGAAAUUACAAAUUAGUACAGGUUUUGAUUUUAAACAAGGACAAUUUCUUUUUGAUAUUAUUUAUUAA